AAACUUGUUGCUCAAUGACAAGUAUUAUACGAGCCGAGUAUGCAGCCUGCCAAGAAUUGAAAAAACUGGAAAACAGUUCGUAUAAUCCGGGAGGUUGUUCAGUUGACUUUGACAAAUCAUUAUGUUGGGCAAGUGCACAUAUUGGACAGCAGAUGACCCGAGACUGCCCAUUCACAUUUUGCACUGCAAUUCCUGGGUGCGAAGAAAUUAAAGACAGAUACAUGGUUUCCCGGAAUUGCAACAGUAUGGGCGUAUGGCAGGACUCGAAUUACACAAUGUGCAUCAAAGUUGUUGAGGAAUAUGCUCAAUGUCUACAAGGAUUUUGCAGAGUUUGUCCUGAUGUUCUUCGAGACUUGGUGAUAUCGGUAUCUUUAACGUUAUCCUUUGUAUCUGUCAUACUUCUAGUGGCGGCAAUCGUUUUGUUUUCGAUAUUUGACUCGAUUCAGUGCCGGAGGUUAUCAAUUCACAAGAACUUAGCAACUGCGUUCGUUUUUCGAUUUGCUGUUUUGGCGAUUUGGACGAUUGUGCAAACAACGAACGUGUUUCAAGAUUGUACAAGAUUAACUCCGCUGCCUCUUUGGGACUACGAAUGGAUUUGCAAAGCUAUUCUCUGGUUCGUCAUAUAUUUCAACGUUGCGUCCGUCAUGUGGAUGUUGAUCGAAGGCGCCUUCCUCUACAGUCGAUUCACUGUAUUCGCUAUGCGUCACAGUGAUGCACCAUGGUCUCUUUACCUGGCGUGUGGGUGGGGCGUCCCGUUCGUGGUUGUAACGGCAUGGGCAUUGGUUCAUCAAUACAUAUCCAGCCAACAAACAAAUUCAUUUUGUUGGCUGCCUUAUGCCCAGGGACUCCAUUUGUGGAUUCUUGCUGGAACUAUGGGAUCCGCAUUAAUUAUGAAUCUUAUAUUCUUGCUUAUGAUUGUGGUGAUAUUGGUGCAAAAGUUACGAACGGAGAAUUCUGCGGAAUCCAAGAAAAUUUGGAGAACAAUAAAAGCAACUCUUUUGUUAGUGCCACUCCUCGGCAUUUCAAACAUCCCUCUUUUUUACGAGCCGGAGCACCCGAGCUCUGUCUACAUGCUCGGCUCGGCUAUUUUACAACAUAGUCAGGGUAUUUUUAUUGCGGUCUUGUAUUGCUUCUUGAAUAGUGAAAUCCAGGGAGCGCUGAAGCGGCAAUUGUCAAAAGUGCCAUUUGAGUUCUUCAAAACUAGGAAUCGAUUCGAAACUGAAAGAACUUACGUGCCUGAAGCAAGAAAUGCCACGAAAAAUGGAGUUCCGAUGGAGGAAAUGAACAAAACUAAAAAUAUUGAGAGUGGUGAAAAUACGGAAUCUCAAGAUCAGGUUAGCACUGGAAAGCAAAUCUACUCGGUGUCUACGAAAUCUUAAUCACACCGCCCCCUCUUCAAGUUAUUUGAAAUUUCCAAUAACUUCAUUGUGAUUCGAUUUCUUUUAUUCUCGAACUGUCCUCAAUUAUCUUCAAUCAAGAUUUUAGAAUAUUUUAUGUUUUUAUUAUUAUUAUUAUUAUUAUGAUUAUCAUUUUGAACCCGUCAACAGCCCAAAGCAAAAUCACUUUCCCGCCCUAAACCUUAUUUGCCAAACGAAUGAUUACGGGUUCCUACCCACCAAAUUUCCAAUAGUUCCACUUUGUUUGGUCAAUCAUCUUUCAAAAAAAAAAGAAGUUUUGAAUGCUACUUGAAUUGAUCUCAAAAUGCCCUGCGAAUUUCUGAAAUUCAUAAUGAACACCAAUGAUUUAGAAACUUUCAUGAAUGAUUCGAAUGAAUGGUUUUAUUUAU